UUUAAUAAAUGAGCCCCGUCAUGCUUCGCUCAGUAGAUUUGCAUGAACAUGACCCCAAAUAAAAGUCACGCCAUCUAACCCCCUCGCAACCUCAAUAUCACAGCAGGUCUGAUGCCCCGUUCAGAGGCUGGUUUCUUGCGCUGAAAAUGACCCUGCCUCUCCGCCGUGCAGGAAUGGCCACCACUGGGAACCUUUCCGAAGAGCAGGUGCACUGCUCCAUCUGCCUCGACGUCUUCACCAACCCUGUGUCCAUCCCCUGCGGACACAACUUCUGCCAGAGCUGCAUCCUGGGAUACUGGAAGACCAGCCCCUUGUACCAGUGUCCUAUGUGUAAGAAGUCUUUCCACAAAAGGCCUGAUAUCAGCAUCAACACCGUCCUGAGGGAGAUCGCGGAGCAGUUCAAGGAGAUCAGGGUUCGGAGCGUCGAAGGGGACGCGAGCGAGGAGGAGAAAGGCGGGACUGAGAAGAAGUGGACGAUGGAGAGGAGGAAGAAGGAGGAUGAGGAGCGGCUUCUGGAGGCUGAUCAGAGGCAGCAGCUUGUGGAGGAGCUGAAGCAGAAACAAGAGGAGGACAGGAGAAAGAAAGAGAAACAAGAGGAGUUACCACCGCUGAUACCGCAUGUGUCCUCACCCAAGACCUCUAAUCCGUCGUCACCCCAGGCCUCUGCUCAGGCACCGCCUCCACUGCCUCAAACAUCCCCACCACCCUCACCGCAAAUCCCUCCAUCUCCAGCUUCUCAACCCUCACCCUCACCUCUCUCCUCCCCGCUCCCACCUCUGACCUGGGAGGAGGUGCUCUGUGAUGUCUGCCUGGGGGACGGAAGACCCAAAGCGCUCAAAUCCUGCCUGGUGUGUCUGACGUCCUACUGCGAGGAGCACCUGAAGUCUCACUCGGCCAGGUUCACCAAGCACAAGCUGAUUGAGCCCGUCGCCAACAUGGCGGACAGGAUGUGCCCGAAGCACGAGAGGCUCCUGGAGCUGUUCUGCAAGAAGGAUCAGACGUGCGUGUGCGUGCUCUGCACCGAGACGGACCACAGGGCGCACUACACUGUCCCCGUGGAGAGGGAGUGGAUGGAGAAAAAGGCGCAGCUGAAGAGGACAGAAAUAGACGUCCAGCAGAUGAUCCAGGACAGAGUGAAAAAGGUGGAGGAGAUCAAACAGUGUGUGGAGCUAAACAAAGCCAGCGCUCAGAGAGAGGUCGAGGAAAGCGUGCGGGUCUUCUCGGAGCUGGUGCGCUCCAUCCAGAGGACUCAGGCCGAGCUGGUUCUGUCCAUCGAGGAGAAGCAGAGGCAGACGGAGAGGUGGGCCGACAGCUUCGUCGCCGAGCUGGAGCAGGAGAUCGCCGAGCUGAAGAGGAGGAACGCGGACUUGGAGUACGUGGCUCGGACCGACCACAUUCACUUCUUAAAGAACUUUCCCGCCCUGAGCACUCCUCCGACUGUCAAAGACUGGUCUGAGACCAGCGUUCCCACUGACACCUGUGUCGGAAUGAUCAGGAGAUCUGUGUCCAAACUGGAGGCAACGUUAAAUGAAAUAAUUGACAAACUUGCUGAAAGUGAGAUCCAAAAGAUUGUGAAAUACGCAGAGGACGUCACCCUGGACCCUGACUCAGCCAACCCUUGGUUGCAGCUUUCCCAGGACAGACGUCAGGUGAGACACCUGGGUGCAUGGCAGGACCUCCCAGACAACGCAGCCCGCUUUGACACAGUGGUCAUUGUCCUGGGCCACGAGGGCUUCACCUCAGGGAGACAUUACUGGGAGGUCCAGGUUGGGGACAAGGACGACUGGUACCUGGGCGUGGCCAGGUCUUCUGUCAACAGGAAAGGCAGGAUCGCGGUCAGCAUGACCCAGGGCUACUGGGCUCUGGCCAUGAAGAAAGGCCAGGGCUACCGAGUGUCGACAUCCCCGCCAAUACUGCUCCCCCUCGACCCAAAGCCAAAGCGAGUGGGUGUGUACGUGGACUUCGAGGAGGGGCAAGUGUCCUUUUACGACGUGAAGGCUCGGACCCAUAUUUACACUUUCAAAGACACGUUCAGGGAGAAGAUCUUGCCCUUUUUCUACCUGUACUGCUGCGACAAAGCGUCUGACACCAUUGUGAUUUGUCCAGUGAAUGAGAAAAGCCUGAUCAAGCAAAGCUAACGAAAUGUGAACACACAGCACUGAAAGUCUCUACAAAAGUGAAAAACGACUGUAUUUUGUUGUAGCCGUACCUGUUGGGAUGAAAUCUUGAAUUCAAUUUGUUAUGCAUCCUCAUUACAUGUAUUGUGUAGCUCAACAAAUAUAUAAUUAUUGUACUGUACACCUAAUGUAUUCAUAUCAGCUCAUCAAAGUUCCAGACUUGAAUGUACUGUAGGGUUGGGUACCGUUCACAUUUCAACCAGUACCUAGAAUUCGGUAGGGCUCCGGAUAUCUAACAUUAUCUUUGUUUGGUCGGUUAACGCCAACCAACGCAGUGAAAAAAAAGCCUUGAAUUCUCCAAACAAAUCAUACAACUGGCUAAUUCAUCACCUGAAUAUGUUGAUGCCUCACUCGAGUUUAGUCAGCCGCGUAGGGUUGAAGUUUGGUACGGAAAUUCGGCAACAAUUGACUUAAUGCAAACUGCCUCUCGGUUGUACUGAUGUGAUUUGGUUGAUACCCUUUAUAAGUUCAGAGCUUGGUACCCAACCCUACUUGAAUGGAUAGUUAUGCUUAUUCGAUUUCUUGCCAAGGGUUGGUUAGGAGUCUGUACCUCUCAUGUUUGUUCACUAAAUAUAAAGCUAAAGCUAGCACGCUGUUAGCUUAGCUCAUCAUGAGGAUUCAGAGCAAGGAGAGCAAAGCUAAGAGUCUGUUAAGAUGUCAAAAAUAUAUAUCUAACAGCACCUCUAAAUCUCAGUCAUUAAAGGAGUAGUUUGACAUUUGGAAAAUCAGCUUUUGUUAGCUGUUUUACAUAAAGUUACACUCAUUCAGUUUCUUGCUAAGGAUUAGAUAGCAAAUUGAUGCCACUCUGUAUGGUAAUAUACGGCUGAUUAGCUUAGCUUAGCAUAGCAUGAAGACUUGAAACCAAUGGGAACCAAGCCCUCAAGAAGUGUGCAAGGCUUUGACACCAGCUUGCAUUCUGGCCAAACCUGCAUGCACAACUUUCCAUUCAAGUUAGCCCAAUGCUAAACCAAAAGUUAGUAUCUGGUAAUUAUAGAACCGGUAAGUCGAGCAAGUUUGGCUUCACGUGCCAGUGAGCAGCUUUCAUAGGAAUUAAUGCCUCCAACACUGCAUCCACUACAUCCUUUGAUUUGACGGGCUCGCUGCUACCCCAUUUUCCGUCCUUAUGCGAAGCCAAGUUAAGUUAAGCGAAGCUAAGCUAGCCUGCUGCUGCCUGUAUGUUCAUAAUUAUCUUACAGACACGAGUCUCCCAGUAAACCCUCAUCAAGAACACAUAACAAGGGCGUUUCCAAAAAACCAACUCCCCUACAUGCAUGACAUUCUUAGUCUUUAGAUCUGUUUUCAUGAUUGCAUGUUGAUUUUCAAUUAGGAGUGACUGAUGCCUCAGAAGGUUCUCUGUUGAACCGAGAUGUGUUUGUGAUUUAUAACAAUAAAUGCUCUCUCAAAUUUCUGUCAUUA